AUGAACUUUAAAUAUCUUUUACUAUUAGUUAUCGUCCUCUUUGCUACAGCUAGUGCUAGCUUAGAAGAAUGCUAAUCUUAGUGCGACGAGUGCUUGAAGAAUUGCAAAGAUCCUGGACAUGCUAUGGCCAUUGAUUGUUCAUCAGAAAGAGCAAAAUGUUCUGCUUAUUGCUCAAACCUUGGUCAUCCUAGCUGCUCUCCAUACAGUUUCUUGAAAAAGAAAUUUUGA